AAGCAACACUAUUUCAUCAGGUAAUGCAUUUUAGUUGUGGAAACGACGCAAAGAUCAUACAGCAUCUUAUUUGUCUACUAGUAUGGUGUCAAGCUGUAGAAACAGAACUUACAAAACUGGGACAAAAUGUGACUAUAAACUGUGAUCUUGGUGAAAAAGAGAUUUAUUGGAUGGUGCUAAAGCCACCAAAUCGCCCAGUUAUGAUAUUACGGUUAUUUUCAACCUCUCCAACUCCUUUUUACUACGAUAUAGGAUUCAGACCCAAAUAUUCAGUGCAACCUAAAUAUUGUCUAUUCAUAAAAAAUGUCACUGUUGAUGAGUUAGGCAUUUAUUACUGCAUGACCACUGAAGCACCUCCAAAGUUCAGCAACGGCACCAAACUACACAUCAUUGAACCAACUCAAUUAACUGAGUGCCGGAACAACACUGUUGAGCAGAAUCACACCGUAGUGAAUUAUACUGAGCUGAUCCAGAGACCAUGGAGAAUUAUUAUCCUCAUAUCUGGCCUGAUGCAUGGUGUUCUGGUCAUUGUCGUCAUUGGUAGUGUAUGUUGCUACUCUGGAAAAAAUUUAAAACAUCAAGAGGUAGAUUUACAACGGACUCGUUUUAUGCCUUUGGAACAACUUCAAGAGACAAACACAGUGUAUACUGAGGUGGUCUUUUCCUCAAUAUGUGAAGAUUUUGAACAGAACCGGUGCUUUUCUGCUACAGCCCAAAUAAUAAACAGACAAAAUUGUACCUGACCUUAUAUCAGCAGGUCACCUUUGUUUUAAAUAUACAAAUUCAUGACAUAUGCUUACCUGUAUAAUGAAUAAAAAGAUAUAUAAAAAGG